AUGAAGUACUUGAAGCACAAUGUCGAUGCCCUGGACAAAGAGAAGAUGAUGCAUAGUUACACGAUGGUGGAAGGAGGUGAAUUCGCUGACAAGAUCGAGACGAUCUCUUAUGAAAUCAAGAUGGAGGCAUCUCCUGUUGGGGGCUGUAAGGGCUUGAACGUUAGCAAGUACCACCCAAAACCAGGGGCUUUGAUCAAUGAGGAGGAGAUCAAAGCCGGGAAAGAGAAGGCCACGGCCGUCUUCAAGGCCGCAGAGGCUUAUCUCUUGGCCAACCUCGAGGGCUACGCCUAA